AGGCAUUGUUGUCGAACCAGUACUGCAAUGAGGUGACAAUAAUACGGUGUUCAAAAAUGUCAACAUGGAACAGAGGACAGAUCGACCAUAUGUAAUACAAUUUAUAGAUAAACCGCCUAUAAGGCGGAUGUCCUUACCCAAUUCGGUCUACAUUGAUAUACCAGGAACUCAUAACAGCCAACAGACACAUCCUACAAGUCAGAAUAGCUCCAUAUGGUUAGCAGAUUCAAACAACUCUGGCCGCGAACUUAAUCAAAAUUAUGUCGAGGAAACAAUUUUCUACGACCAGUUUGAAGAUAGACGGAUAGACGUCUCAAAAACUGCCAUAUCAAAUGCAGUCUUCUCCCGGCCAGCACCGCCUGUACCUUCGAUUCCAAGAUACACCCCACCAGUGGAAUACAACACUCAACCGGAUGACGGGUUUCCCCUCCCGCCACUCCCAGUUAUGGACAUCCCGGAUCCACCACCAGCAUAUACUGAGAUUGACGAGCAGAGGGAUAGAAAUACUGCACCAGUGAGGCCUGUGUUCAGAGGCCACCAGUUGUCAGGGGGUGUUCCAAGGAAGUUGAUCACGUGCCCCUUUUGCCGCACGAGGGUCUACACGAUUGUGAUAAGAGAAUCUGGAGUUCUAACUCAUGUUAUUGCUGCUAUUGUAUUUUUUAUUUGCCUGCCCAUCAUCUUCUGCAUCUACCUCACCGACUUUUGCAAGUACAAGAACCACUACUGUCCCAAUUGCAACAGCAUGAUAGGAUAUGAAAUACCGCUGCUGUGUACUGAUAUGGCAUAUACCAGAACUUGUGUUAUACACAAUCAUGGAAGUUGAUAUUGGAAAAAGUAUGGAUUAUUGUUAAAAAUGUUGUGUAUAUAUUAUGUUUAUUAAACAUAAUUUAUAUCGUA